UACUAUAAGGAAUUGGCUCACACAGUUAUGUAAGUCCCAAGAUAUGAAGGGUGAGUUGGCAAGCUGUAGACCUAGGAAAGCUGAUGGUUUAAUUCUAGUCUGAGUCUGAAGACCUGAGAACCAGGAGAGCCAAUAGCAUAUUUCCCACCCAAAGGCUGGCAGGCUUACGACCCAGGAAGAGAUGAUGUCCCAGUUUGGAGGCAGUCAGGCAGGAUAAUUCUCUCUUACUUGGGCGAGUCAGGCUUUUUGUUCUGUUCAGACCUUCAACUGAUUGGAUGAGGCCCGCCCACAUUAGGGAGGGCAAUCUGCUUUACUCAGUCCACUGACUUAAAUGUUACUUUCAUCCAAAACCACCUUUUCAGAAACUCUCAGAACAAUGUUUGACCAAAUAUCUGGGCACCCCAUGGCCCAUAAUUUGACACAUAAAAUUAACCGUGACAACAUGGUAUUUGAAUUGUUUGGGGAUGGUGUACAAGGGCAUCCAAUAUAUCCCUUGCUGAGAAACAUAUACUCACCAAUGAAGCCCAGCAGGAAACAUCUCCUGUCUGACAAUAUUAAUUAUUUCCUUCUCUGUAACAUGGCUAUAACCAGAACUAGCAAUGACUCUGUGAUAGCCCACUGUAUUUAUAGUUUGUUUCCUAGUGACCAAAGGAAGCUCAUUCUAUAACAAAAUCAUGUUCCACUUUGAUCUUGCCUUCACCUGGCAGUACAAAAGGGCCAAGUAAUAAGUGAAUAUAAAAAAUAGCCACGUGGGACCCAAGAAACUAGUAGUUGAACCCUCAAAGCCAAACUGACCUUGUUUCAAGGCUUUAAAAAUUAAAUAUGGUUUGGCCUUUGUGGUUUUGGUGGUGGUAUUGCUAUGAACAAUUAGGAAGUGCCAGGACUAUGACAAGAUCAUAUGCUCCACAGUCUCAGCCUUUAAGAGUGAAUAUCAUAGGAGGACUUUGCGUUCUAUGUAUGUUCUAACAGGAAGCUAGAAAUCUGUGCCAUCAAAAUUACCUGAAUAUUGGGACUUCACUGGCUGUCCAGUGGUUAAGACUCUGCGCUUCCACUGCAGGGGGCGUGUGUUCCAUCCCUGGUUGGAGAACUAAGAUCCUGCAUGCCGCGUGGUGCAGCCAAAAGUUUAAAAAAAAAAAAAAUUUACCUGAAUAUAUCCUUGGCAAUCUUAGUGCAUCAAUUUUAUAGCAACAGAAUUAAAACAGUAUUACUUAUAAUAUGAUUAAGAAAAUUGGGGUUGUUUCACAUGUUAAAUAUGAAUUUUGCUUCCUUUACCCAUCCUCUCUACAGACAAAUGCCUUAUCACAGAUGAUGGCCAGUGAUACAUACUGUUACCUGAUUGGGGAAAUGCAGAAUGUCAACCAGGAACAUAUUAAAUAAUCAGUUGUGAAUUCAGAUGAGAAGAGUAUUAUCUAAGUUCUGAAUUAGAAUGUCAGAAAUUAGGUCUGACUCAGCUCAUUUGUUCAUUGAACAAAAUCUUGAUUACCUGCUGUGGCCAUUCCUGACACUUUUUAAAUCCCAGGAAGUAUCAAGAGUAAUGACGCUGGGGUCCAAAGGGCAUUCCUGGACCUUUUCUCCAGUGCUAUGGAGCUUAUCCUCAUGUUUCUGGACUCACAUGGACAGCAGCCCCAGUCUCCUAUUUCAAGGAUGAUCAUGCUUCCAGUGCCUGUUGUUGCCCUUGGUCAUGCUGCUCUUCUCUAUAUGGCUCCAUUGCCCCUACUUAAAAGCGUCCUGGCCCACACAACCGAGGAGCUGAGGUCAGAUAGACGGACGCACGGACAAGGACAGACGACAGAGGACGCGCUGGCCGCUGCACCCCGCUGCCUCCCCCUUCUCCCUGCUGCCUGCACCUGGAGGAUGAGCCCAGCCUUCAGGGCUAUGGACGUGGAGCCCCGCGCCAAGGGCAUCCUGCUGGAGCCCUUUGUCCACCAGGUCGGGGGGCACUCGUGCGUGCUCCGCUUCAACGAGACAACCCUGUGCAAGCCUCUGGUCCCGAGGGAGCACCAGUUCUACGAGACCCUCCCUGCGGAGAUGCGCAAAUUCACUCCGCAGUACAAAGGUGUGGUAUCUGUGUGCUUUGAAGAAGAUGAAGACAGGAACUUGUGUUUAAUAGCAUAUCCAUUAAAAGGGGACCACGGAACUAUGGACAGUGUAGAUAACUCAGACUGUGAACCAAAAACUAAGCUGCUAAGGUGGACGAACAAAAAACAUCACGUCCUAGAAACGGAAAAGAUCCCUAAGGACUGGGUGCGGCAGCACCGGAAGGAGGAGAAGAUGAAGAGCCAUAAGUUAGAAGAAGAAUUUGAGUGGCUGAAGAAAUCUGAAGUUUUGUACUACAGUGUAGAGAAAAAGGGGAAUGUCAGUUCCCAGCUUAAACACUACAACCCUUGGAGCAUGAAGUGUCACCAGCAGCAGUUACAGAGAAUGAAGGAGAAUGCAAAACAUCGGAACCAGUACAAAUUUAUCUUACUGGAGAACCUGACUUCCCGUUAUGAGGUGCCUUGUGUCCUGGACCUCAAGAUGGGUACGCGACAGCAUGGUGACGAUGCUUCAGAGGAGAAGGCAGCCAACCAGAUCCGCAAAUGCCAGCAGAGCACGUCUGCAGUCAUUGGUGUGCGCGUGUGUGGCAUGCAGGUAUACCAGGCAGGCAGUGGGCAGCUCAUGUUCAUGAACAAGUACCACGGACGGAAGCUGUCCGUGCAGGGCUUCAAGGAGGCACUUUUCCAGUUUUUCCACAACGGGCGGUACCUGCGCCGGGAGCUCCUGGGCCCUGUGCUUAGGAAGCUGACUGAACUCAAGUCCGUGUUGGAGCGACAAGAAUCCUACCGCUUCUACUCAAGCUCCCUGCUGGUCAUUUAUGAUGGCAAGGAGUGGCCUGAAGUGGCCCUGGACUCAGAUGCUGAGGACUUGGAGGACCUGUCAGAGGAGUCAGCCGACGAGUCGGCUGGUGCCUAUGCCUACAAGCCCAUCGGCACCAGCUCGGUGGACGUGCGCAUGAUCGAUUUCGCACACACCACUUGCAGGCUGUAUGGUGAGGACAGUGUAGUACACGAGGGCCAGGAUGCUGGCUAUAUCUUUGGGCUCCAGAGCCUGAUAGACAUUGUCACAGAGAUAAGUGAGGAAAGUGGGGAGUGAGCUUGCUGGCUGCAGCAGUACCUGAGAGACUCUCUGUGUCCCAGGCACAGCUGUGCUGCGUCAGGGAGGAGGCCAGUAUGGCCAGGCGGUGGCCCCUGCAGCCUGGAGCUGAUGCACAGAGGCCUCUGUGAGUCCCAGCCUGAGCCAGCCCCAACCACUUUCGGAGUCUUUAUUUAUUUUAACUCUCUCUUCAACAUUCCACAUUUGAUGAUGCAGAUACCUCUUUCUUCCCUGAGUGUAAAUGUUCUAAUACAAAUCUUUUUGUUAAUUGUA